AUGCUCCCCUUUGCUACGAACCAAGCUACCAAACGAUCAUUCUCUGUGCUCGCAACACUCAAGACAUCCGCAGCCGCCAAAGCAGGCGAAGGCCAGAAGUUCGACGCGAUGUCCGACCCGCAGCUGGCGUACUUAGAGCGCGUUGUGCGGGUAGACCAGGCUGGCGAGCUGGGGGCCAACUAUAUCUACGCGGGGCAGUUCUUUGUGCUCGCAAACAAACACCCCCAUCUAAAGCCAGUCUUGCAGCAUAUGUGGGACCAGGAAAUACACCACCAUGACACUUUUAAUGACUUGCAACUGAGGCGUCGCGUGCGGCCCUCCCUACUGACGCCGCUCUGGAAGCUGGGUGCGUUCACCAUGGGCAGUGUCACGGCACUCUUGUCGCCGGAGGCAGCAAUGGCGUGCACCGAGGCCGUCGAGACCGUGAUUGGCGGGCACUACAACGACCAGCUGCGCUGCCUCAACAGCCAGUACGAGAUGCGCAGGUCGGACGGCACCUGCGGCCAAAGCGACGAACUGCGCAACCUGAUCAGCACCAUCCGCCAAUUCCGCGACGAUGAGCUCGAGCACCUCGACACCGCGGUGCAGUACGAUUCCCACAAGGCGGUCCCCUACAUCGCUUUGACCGAAGCAAUAAAAGCCAUCUGCCGCACGGCUAUCUGGACUGCAGAGCGCGUGUAA